AGAUUCUUGCCAAAACCCUCCUGUGUCGCUAACUUGUUCCUCCUCAUCACUUUCUGUUUUCUGCAGCGAACUCCCCCAGUUUCUCUUUUUCCGGCGCUAUCAAACUUGGACUGUUAACCCGCCGCCGCCACCUUAUAAAUUGUCAUUACCAUGGCGGAGGUAGAAGAAAACCCUAAUGCAGUAGUUGCAGAAGAAGAGUCAAUUAAGAAGAAGAGAAAGAGAAAUAGAGACAAGAAGAAUAAAAUGGUCACAGAAAAAGAGACGAAGAAGGCAGAAGUAAGUGAGGACAGAGAAGAAGAAGAGAAUGAUGUAGAAGAGCAGCAUAAUGAACUGAAGGAGGAGAUUAAGAAAGAGAUGAAGAGUGGGUCCGGUAUUAUGACUACGGAGUUGUUUUCUUCUCUUGAAAUUUCUGAGCCCACUAUGAAGUCCAUCAACGACAUGGGCUUUCAGCACAUGACUCAGAUCCAAGCCAGGGCAAUUGCUCCUCUUCUGGAAGGCAAAGAUGUCCUUGGAGCUGCAAGAACUGGUUCUGGUAAAACACUUGCAUUUCUGAUACCAGCCGUGGAGUUGUUGUAUAAUGUCCGUUUUACACCUCGUAAUGGAACUGGGGUUAUUGUCAUUUGCCCAACAAGAGAACUGGCUAUACAGACGCAUGCUGUGGCAAAGGACCUUCUCAAGUAUCAUUCGCAGACUCUCGCCUUGGUUAUUGGUGGUUCAGCAAGAAGAGCAGAGGCAGAUCGUAUUGCAAAAGGGGCUAAUCUCUUAGUAGCCACCCCUGGUCGGCUUCUUGAUCAUCUUAGAAAUACCAAAGGCUUCAUUUAUAAGAACCUAAAGUGUCUCAUGAUUGAUGAGGCUGAUAGGAUUUUGGAAGCGAACUUUGAGGAAGACAUGCAGCAAAUCAUUAAACUUCUACCAAAGCAGGGGAGGCAGACUGCUCUCUUUUCAGCCACACAAACAAAAAAGGUUGAGGACCUUGCUCGCUUAUCUUUGGACAAACCUGUCUACAUUGAUGUGGAUGAUGGGAGGAGGAGGGUUACAAACGAAGGGCUGCAACAAGGAUACUGUGUUGUCCCAAGCGCUAAGAGAUUUCUUCUCCUUUAUUCAUUCUUGAAGAGGAACCUGUCAAAGAAAAUAAUGGUUUUCUUCUCGUCUUGCAACUCUGUCAAGUUUCAUUCAGAGCUACUUCGCUAUAUCAAGAUUGAAUGCUGUGAUAUUCAUGGGAAGCAAAAGCAGCAAAAACGAACUUCUACCUUUUUUGAAUUCUGUGAAGCCAAAACAGGCAUCCUGUUAUGCACGGAUGUCGCUGCACGUGGUCUUGAUAUUCCUGCUGUGGAUUGGAUUGUGCAGUUUGAUCCCCCUGAUGAACCCAAGGAGUAUAUACACAGAGUUGGUCGAACAGCACGUGGGGAAGGUGCUAAAGGAAAUGCAUUACUAUUCUUGAUUCCAGAAGAGUUGCAGUUUCUUAAGUACCUCAAGGCGGCAAAAGUGCCUGUAAAAGAAUAUGAAUUUGAUCAUAAGAAGGUGGCCAAUGUGCAGUCACUCCUGGAAAAAUUGGUCGCAAACAACUAUUACUUGAACCAGUCAGCUAAAGAGGCAUAUAGGUCCUAUAUACUAGCAUAUAAUUCUCAUUCCAUGAAGGAAAUAUUCAAUGUUCACCGACUUGAUCUACAGGACGCAUUUAUGUGCUCUCAUAACGCACGUGUAAACAGUGAAGUUAGGCUAAAAGCCAAAAAGUUGUGAAGUUGGGCCCCUUAUAAGCACAAUGCUUGUACAACAAAGAGAUAUGAAUCUUGAAAUUGUUGCGUAAGCAAAAAUUUUGGACAGAAUAUGCAGAAAGAGGACAGAAUAUACAGAGAGGAUCACGUAUGUUUUGCAGCUCUCUAGCUAGACUUUGAUGGUAAAGGUAGGUUGGGCCUAUCGCUCUAAGAAUUGAUUAAUUAACUCUAUUAUGGUUUCAUACAACAGUUUAUAUUUUCUUGAUCGAACAAUUGAAUCUACUGCCAGUUCAUACAUAUGAAAAGUAUGGUUUCUGUAAGCCUUAGUUGUGUGCUUGCACUACUAUAACUAUUUUUUAUCUGUGUUCAUCCUUGAGAGGAGUAUUUUUUGUCACACUUAUUUGCUUCAGCCAAUAAUCUUGUUACUGUUGGACCUGGCUGAAGUUAUAUUUGCAUUUUCUUUGAAUUAGGGUAUUCAUGUUACAUGUACUACGCCUUUAAAAUUUCAGACCUACAGUCAGUGUUGUCAAAAGCGAAAAGCUCUAAAAAGCGCUCCAGGUCGAUUGGGGCUUUAGCAACUAAAGUGCGGGCUUUUGUAAAAUAGGUGCAACUAAGGGAAAAAAUAAAAAUACGUAUGUACUUCAAGAAAAAAGAAACAAAUUCACUCCUAAUGUUUUCUUCAGCAACUAAUACACUUGCUGAUAAUAUUUGUUGUUUAGUACCGCUCAAUUCAAGAUAGAACUCAUGGGCAUUUAGGCGCACGCCUUAAUGGCUUGCCUAUACUGAAGCGCAACUUAAGCGAGGCGAAGCGCCCUCCUUGAGCUUCUCUGAGCCUUUGACAACACUGCCUACAGUUUACCUUUUAAAUAGUAUUAACCAAUUCAGGUCUUCUAACUUAAGGACGAAAAGGAAUCAUUUAGAAAGUUUCCUGUACCUAGUAAGAGUUUCAGGAUUGCUUUGUUGUUUUUGCUCUGAUUUCAUUUUAUAUGGGACUGUUUAGUGUUUAAGUUGCCUCAUUACUCUGUUUUUGCUAU